GCAAGGCCCACUGCUGUUUUUAAGGGCAGAGCAUGUCACAGGAUACUUCGUAACAUCAGUGGAGCAUGAUAAGUCAUGCCCAUUAGCCGCUGAAAUCAAGAUCUCUGGCUGCAAUACACUUGCAGUUGCUUCGUUUUGUUUUAUUUGCUUCUUCUUCGGCAGAUAGCUCAACACUCGGCGAACUUCUCACUUUUUUGCUUUUUCUUCAAUCAGCGUGUCCGCAUGUUGAAACACAGGAUCGGUGGGAAAUUUCCCAACAUAGAAGAUUCAAAGUCCGCGGUCUAAAUUUCUGGACAAGACCUGCAUGACCGGGCCUAACUAUCACAUUAACUGUCUUUGUCAAAUGAUUCGAAUAUUUUUUUUUUGUAGAAAAGAAGCAGUGCAGUGAUCAUUUUCUUUGACAGUUUCAGCCUGAGAUGUGCGCUAGCAGUACUUUUCGAAAUGACACUGAGGUAUCCUGUUGCUGGCACCGCUCAUCGCCACCGUUCUGACAGUGAGACAGUGAAGAAGAAGACGAGCCCGAGUCUGUCUCGUUCGUUCUGCUCUCGUGCAAGAACGAGAACCAGGCAGCCCCUCCGGACAACGCCUGGUGCACUAAGAAGCCCCGUGGGGACCACCAUUGAUUCGUGCUCCAGCCUCAAGCAACAGGGCCAAGCAUUGACCACUGGACCCGAGAAAAGCCCGAUAGCGUUACAGCCUUCGCCACCAUUUAGUACCGCUACUGGCAAGGCCGACCCCACUGGAACAUACACCGCGAUGUCUCAACGGCACAUGAGACGUAGCAGUUCGCAGAAGGGCCCAGGAGCAGGUUCAACGGGCUUGAGGAAGUCCGCCGAUGAGGCCACUAAAAAGGCCAAGCGCGUGACGCCAGUCAAUCCGGCGUCUCAAGUCACCAGUGAGAAUCCGGAACUCGGAGAAGAAGAGGCACGUAUAAAUCGCGACGAAGAAUAACCUCGUAUAGCUUGAUCCGAUUCUUCCUCCUCCCUCGGAACUAUGACUGAACGCGCUAAAUCUUCCAAAAAUGUAUGCUUCAAUAAAAACAUAGUCCACGCUGCGUGAAAAAGAAAACA